CACCACACUGAGACUGUCUACUACUUGGAACCACGCGUCUCUCGUGCGUACUUCGGUGUCCUCCUGCCUGUUCAGCGAACCGAUAUGACGAUGAAGAUGAUGCUUAGUGCACUCUUGGUUACGUGUGCCAUUACCCUGUCUUCCUCGCAAACUCUUACCAACGACGACAUCACCAGCAUCUGCGCUGCAGUCGGGACACAGGGCCAGUGUACAUCCUGUUACUGGUGUUCUGUGAGGAAAGACGGUUUUUCCUUGAAAGUGAAAGACCUGUGCCGAGUACGUAACAGCCCGAGUGAUUGCAGCCUGGCUCUUUCAGAUUUCCCAUGUUCGAAGAUCAGGACCUUCUUUAGCCAGUCUUGUUCUGCGCCCAACACCAGGGUACAUCAGAUCGUGUGUCCCAUUGCUCAGUUGGCUGCUUCCUGCUUUGUAACAUCGGAGCCUACUGCGCCCACGGCAACUACGCCCACGGCAACUACAACUACGGUGCUUACAACGACUACAACAACCAUGCCUUCAAUUCAGGGACCAGACGUCGCCCCCAAAACGUUCAGGACCCCUUGCACUCAACGGUGUGUCCGCAACGACAUAGUGGCCUCAGUAUGCGGUGCUUCAACGCUGCCCGAAGCGUGUACCAUGCUCGAGGAUUCCUCGUUAGAUGGUCAAUACACCUGCUGUACAGGUUAAUACAGAGGACAUAUCAACAGGGGAUCCUGAACUCCACCAUAUCAAAAAAGUGUACAAUUAAGACAAAAUGGUUGCUUGUCAAAGAUCAUAUAUCAAUUGACUAAUAUGUAUUUUCAAACCUUCGAAAUGAAAAUAAAUUGAUCGUGGAGCAA